AUGGCAAACAUGGACAUAAAUGAGUUUCGUGAGUUCGGCCGAGCAGCUAUUGACUUUGUCGCCGACUACCUCGAGAACAUCCGAGACAGGGAUGUUCUCCCAUCGGUUGAACCAGGCUAUCUGCACGAUCUGCUUCCCGGACGGCUCCAAAACGAACCGGAGGACUGGAAAACCAUCAUGGAGGACUUCAAGCGGUGCAUUCUACCGGGCCUCACGCACUGGCAGUCGCCCCAUUUCCAUGCGUUUUAUCCAUCACAAACCUCGUACUCGUCGAUCGUUGGCGAAACGUUAGCGGCUGGGCUUGGAGUUGUAGGAUUCAGUUGGAUUUGUAGCCCCGUCUGUACGGAGCUCGAGGUGAUCAUGAUGAACUGGCUGGGACAGUUGUUGAACCUUCCGAAAACGUUUCUCAACUGCGGCGAAGGAAACGGCGGUGGCAUUAUUCAAGGAUCGGCCAGCGAGUCCAUACUCGUGGCAGUGCUGGCCGCCCGAGAGCAGGCGGUUCGGCGACUGAAGGUUGAGCAUCCGGAACUUACGGAGGCGGAGAUCCGAGGCCGACUGGUGGCGUACACCAGUGACCAGAGCAACAGUGCCGUCGAGAAGUCGGGAAUUUUGGGAGCCAUCAAAAUGCGCUUGUUGCCGGCUGACGACACGGCCAUUUUGAGAGGUUCCACCUUCAUUCGAGCGGUUGAAGAGGACGUGGCGAACGGAUUGUUCCCUGUGGUUUGCGUAGCUACGCUCGGGACGACGGGAACGUGCGCCUAUGACAAUCUGGCCGAAAUUGGACCGUACUGCAACGAGCACAACAUCUGGCUACACAUUGAUGCGGCGUACGCCGGGGCAGCCCUCUGUCUGCCGGAGUACGGCCACAUCAUGAAGGGGGCCGAGUUGGCCGAUUCCCUCAACUUUAACCUGCACAAGUGGAUGUUCGUAAAUUUCGACUGCUGCGCGAUGUGGUUCAAGGAUGCCGGAUCGGUCACCACAUCGUUCAGCGUGGACCGAAUCUACCUGCAACACCAGUUCCAGGGUCACAGCAAGGCGCCCGACUAUCGCCACUGGCAGAUACAGCUCGGCCGCCGGUUCCGCUCGCUCAAGGUGUGGAUCACGCUGCGCACGAUGGGUGCGGAGAAGAUUCGCAACCUGAUCCGCUUCCACAUCCAGCUUGCCAAUCGAUUCGAGGACUACGUUCGCACGGAUGAUCGUUUUGAGGUGCUCUGCUCCACACUGGCCCUCGUCUGCUUCCGGCUCAAAGGGGACGAUGCCCUUUCGAAGCAACUGCUGGAAAACAUCACCAAACGCAAGAAAGUUUUCAUGAUCCCGGCCACGUACCAGGGCAAGUUCAUCAUCCGUUUCAUGAUCUGCGGUAUCGAUCCGCAGAUGCACGACAUCGACUACGCAUGGGACGAAGUCCGGUCGCAGACAGACGUUCUGUUCGGGGUCGAUCAGAAUCGCAACGAGUUGGCCGAUAGGAAAGAGCCUAUUUUGCAGAGCUUGGAACACGAACCGAAACUGUACGAAAAGAGCACGGAAAUUGGCAAAAUCACCGAAAGCUUAGCCGGUGUUAUCCUGUCGACGGAGAAAGCAAAAUAG